AUGGAAAACAAAGCUUGCGGGGCGAACGCCACCAGGCACGGGGCAGGGCGGCCACGGGAGGCAGAGGCAGGAGAGGCCAAGAGGGGGGGGAGGGGGGCACAAGAGGGCACAGGGAGAAACAGACAGAUGAACGCGGAGGGGGAAAGGAGGCCGGCCAACCGGAGGAGCGCCCACACACGAAGGCUGGAGGAGAGAGAAGGCGAGAACAGCAGGGGGCACGGAAGGGGCCGGAGGAGGCACACAACAAGGAGGAGGAGAGGAGCGAGAGCCGCGGAGAAAGGAGGACGGCCAGAAAGAACAGCAACAGAACGGGAGAGACCGGAGGGGAAGGACGAAGGGGCGACGAGAGGCAGAGGGCGGAGGGAGGAGGCGGACCAAAAAAGCGGGAGGCCGCAAACCGGAGGCAGGGCGGGGGGGGCCGACGCCGGGGGAGGCACCGGGAGGACGAGGCGGCGGGGGGUAGGAAGGGGAAGGCGCGGAGGGAGGACCAGAAAAGGGGGAGGGAGGCGAGAGCCAGCGGCAAAGGGAACCGACCAGCGACCGAAGGGUAGGAAGAGGGGGAGAAAAGGGAGGAGAAGAGGAAGAAAGGAGGGGAGGAAGGCCAAAAAAGCCGAGAAAGAAAAGGAAGCAAAAGAAAACCGAGUCACGCCGGACGAGGAAGAAUGGGCCAGCGGCGGGGGCGAGGCAAGGGGAGGGAGGAAACGGGAAGAGGGAGAGGGAAGGCCGAAAGGGCAAACCACGGAGGAGGAAAAACAACCGUGGAGGAGGGGAGGCAAGGGCCCCAGCGAGGCCGCCAAGCUGGGGGCGCCCCAAAGAGCCAAAGACCCGAGGGACCCGGAAAAACAGGCAGGGGCGGAAAGGGAAAAGGAGGGCGCGGAGGGAAAAAAAAGGGGGACAAAUACCGGGGAGGGGGCACGAGGCCGAGAAAGCCGCGGGCGGGGAGAAAACAGGGGGAGGCGCCACCAGGGGCGGGCCAAGCGGACCGGGGCGAAGGCGGAGAAAAAGGACGCCAGGGGAAAACCGAAGGCGGAGCGCCCGGAGAAACGGCCCGCGGGGGAACGACAAGGCGCGAAGGGAGGGGAGAGGGAGAAAAAGCCAAGGAAAGGAAAACCCAACGCGAGGAGAAGCGAACGAGCGCCGAAGGAAAAGGAACGAAACGACCGCAGCCCAAAGAACAGCCAGGCAGGGCAGGCAGGACGCAGGCAGGAAGCACAUGCAAGCAGCGACCCAGAGCAAAAAGAAGAAAAAGACCCGCCGCGGACCGCGAGGAGAGAAGGCGGGCCCAACAAACCAGAGGGGGAAAGACAAGAGACGGAAGAGAAAGGCACAGAAACGCGGAAAAAGCGGCAAAGCAGAGAGAAGAAGAAGGAACGCGAAGGGAGGGAGGAAAAACAGAAGCGGCCCCAGGAGCGGGGGAGGGCCGGAGGGAAAAAAAGGAAAAACGGGGAGGAAGGGCAGGAAAAGGAGAGAAAAAAGGAAACGCGGCGGGAACCGAGAAGAGGGGCGGCACGCAGCGGGGUAGGAAGAACAGCGGCGGGAACAGAACGCCGAGCGCGGGGUACGCAGGGGGCGGACGGGAGGAGAAGGCCGAGACGCAGGAAGUGA